AUGCAAAGAGUUGAUAAAACUAUUUACAAAGAAAUACCUGAAAACGUACAAGAAAGUGGAGAAACCUUUCAAAAACCUGAUUACAUUGGACAAUCAUCAAAUAAAUGUAAAAAAAUGUACAUAAAUGAUGAGUCAUGUUUUGUUUUUUUAUUUGAAAACAAUUCAUCUGUAGAAUAUCAUCAAAGAUUAAAACACCCAGAAUUAACACGGAGAGUUAUGAUUGAUCUUGUUCCUCCUAUUUCAACUCAUUUUCAUGAGAAUACUCUUUUUAUGCUUCAUCCUGAUCGUAAAAUAUCAAUUAUUCAAUUUUUAAAACAAGGGUCAAAUAAGGAUUAUGUUAAUCCAGCCCCUUUAAAUUUUUUCCCAUCACCAGAUUUUAUUACUGCGAAAUAUCUAGUUGGAUGGAAUGAAUAUAUUGCUGUCUUUAAUUAUUCUAAAAUGAUGGUAAUUGAUCGUUUUAAUACAAGUAAAUCUUUUACCUCAUUCCCAUUAACAUGUAGUAUUAUCAAACAAUGUGAUAAUGAAUAUUCUUUUGGAUUUCAAAAUCAAGUUGUUAUUAUUAAUAAUGAAAUCAAUAACAUUCUUUAUCAACAAUAUGAUGUGUCUAAUGGUGUUCUUGUUAAACAAGGAAAUGUUCCUCAAGCUUAUAAAGAAACAAAAUAUGUUUGUGUAGCUCAUAAUGAUCGUGAUGUUGCUGUUGCCUAUGAACAUGCUGUUUACAUAUUUUCUCUUGGUGGUGAAUUAAAAAAUAACACACCAAUAGCAAUCCCAAGAGCAAUAUUACAAUACACUGAUGCUCCUAUUUCUAAAAUUUAUUUAGAUAAUUCUUUUCUUGUAAUUGGAGAUAUUGUUGGUGGAGCAUCAGUUUAUACAGCAACAGGUACAUUUUUAACUAAAAUUGCACCUGAAGAUGAUAUUAAAACAGAGAAAAAAGUAGCACAAAAUAAAAGACGAGUUACAGCAAUUACUCGUUUUAAUCUUUUUGUUGUCAUAGGACUUGCUGAUGGUAAAGCAAAAUUUUUUACUUGGGACUAUAGAUAUAGUGGAAUUGAAAAGAAAGAGUGCGGUGGUAAAAUUAUACGAAUCUACCCACAUCCAGAAUUAAAUAAAGUUUGUUUUAUUACAGAAAAUGGUAGUGAACGACGUAUUGUUGGAUUGACAUAUUGGAGUCCAAUUGAAAAAUCAUUUACAUUUAUUUCACCUUAUCUUGCCCAUUCACCUGAACUAAGAUAUGUAUCAUAUAUUAAACCAUUUGUUGAUCAACUUAGAGUAUUUGUUUCAUGUGACUAUCCCAAUGAAUCAGUUGGAUUUAAAAGAACUAAACCAAGAUUACGUGGAAUUUAUAAUUUUGUAAAAUUCUUAGAACAAGCAGAUAAUGUUCAUCGCCUUCCUUUCCCAGUUAAUUUAGUUUGGCAAUUAACUGUUGCUAUGCAAAAAUAUUGUGAAUUACAAGACGCUAUUUUAAGUGGUAAAGAAAAAGAUAAUUAUUUCAGUGUAAUUCGUGCAGAAAAUAGGGUUCUUGCUCAGAUAUCUAAAAUAUGUUUUGUUGAUACAGUUUCUAUUCCAUUAAAAGAUCAACCACAAUUCCCAGCACAUACUUAUUUAAAUGAUUUUACUCAUCAUUUUGAAAAAGUAUUAAAUGCUCAAAUGUAUAAACCAAUUGUUAGUGAAAGUGAUAAAUCAAAUUAUAAAAAUUUCUUAUGGAAAAUAUUAAAAACUUUAUUUGAUGAUUAUGUAGAUUUUGCUGAUGCUUUAGAAAAUUUAGAUAUUUUAAUGAGUACUAUUAACAGAGAUAAUGUUUAUGCUUUUGUAGGAGCAAUUAAGAUUUAUGGUAGAUAUAUUCAAAUUAUGCAAGAUAUAAAAGAAACUGCAUGGUCUAUUGCUCAAGUGUUAGGAAUAAGAGAGACUGAUAGAUGGUAUUAUGGAGGUGGACUAUAUAUGGGAAAGAAAAUGCCUGAAGUAUGUUCUGACCAACCAAAUAUCCCAGAAGUUGAAUUUCCAUUGAAAAUGAAUUAA